UACUUCUCACAUCUCCUCACCCAAAAACAUCCUACAAAUCACCAAUUUCUCCUUAUUGUUGUCAUUUAAAAUCCUAUAUUAUCUUAGGCUACAAUGGGUGUUUUCACUUAUGAAGAGGAAGUGACUAGCACAGUACCUGCUCAUAGGCUGUUUAAGGCUAUAGCCCUUGAAUCUGACAUCAUUAUCCCUAAAGUUGCACCUCAUGCCAUCAAGAGCUCUGAGAUUAUUGAAGGAGAUGGAGGUCCAGGAAGUAUCAAGAAGAUUACUUUCGCUGAAGGCAGCCAAUUCAAGUAUGUGAAGCACAAGAUUGAAAAACUUGACAAAGAGAGCUUUACCUAUGGCUACACCAUAAUUGAUGGUGAUGCUUUGGCGCACACACUUGAGAAAAUCAGUUAUGAGACCAAGUUUGUGCCAAUUCCUGAUGGAGGAUGCAUCUGCAAGGGCAUUAGCAAGUACUACACAAAGGGUGAUUUUGAGAUCAAGGAAGAAGACAUCAAGGUUGGCAAAGAAAAGGCUAGGGGAAUGUUCAAGGCUAUUGAAGCUUACCUCUUGGCAAAUCCUGAUGCCUAGAACAUUUUUAUCACAAGCGGUUAUAAUCAGUUAAAAAGUUUGGGUUUCAUUUUUUUUUUUUUUUUUUUUUUUUUUUUUUUUUUUUUUUUUUUUUUAAUUGUGUGUGUCAAGUUAAACUUUCAUUUGGCUUGAUAAUAAGUGUUCGUGGAGUGAUGACUGAUGAUGAUCGUUUGUUACAAGGCAAGGCUUGUGUUGUUGCAUGGAUUGGACAGUGAAAGUUGUAUUGUUUUCAAUAUAUGAUAAUAAAAACUACUAAGGAUUAUUUCAGACAAA